UUUUAUAAACUUGGUGAUCCUCAAAUAAUUCAAUAUGAUAACGAAAAAGAAUUUAGAAAUUUUUGUUUGAUUGAUUUUUGUAAGGGAGGAAACAUUGUUUUAGUUCAUGGAAGACCGAGACACUUACAAAGCCAAAGUAAAAUCAAAUAA